AUGCCUGAAGAAAUGAAUAAUCACCUCUCGCCAACGAUGAUGGACGUCAAGGAUGACAGCUCCGACUGGCAGACUUCAGACGAGGAUCGACGUGGCAAGCCAAAGACUCGCUCCCAAGAACCGCCAGGUCCGGCGUGGCCAAUGCCCCCAGUGCAAGAUUGGGCCAACGUGAACAAACAGGUGUGGAUCAUAAUAGAAGGAUCCCUCACACGUGAAGGACCCUUCACAGUUAAAGGAAGGCGUGCAGACAAUAACACCAAGAAAUGGAAAUACGAUUUGGUUGAUGCACAAGGCAAUAAACGCAUGGGAGUUCUCGAGAGCCAACUCAAGCGGUCGGGCACAGAUGAAGAAUCCGAUAAUGGUGGAGUUGGAUCUUCGGCUCCUACACUUUCUGGGGCAUGA